CGGCACUUCUCAGAACAUGACACCGAUGUGUUUUACAAAGACAGAGCAUUCCGUUUUCUGUUCUUUUUCUCACUGAUGUCAAAUAUAGAGGAUUGUAAUUCAUCCCGCGAAUGCCUUGACCUCAGAAGAGAGGAGCUUGAAGUUUUGGAGGUCUGCAUUCAGUUUUUCCCAGAAUGCAUCUCAUCGAUUUCACAGUCUAUAUAUCCGGACUUUAUAUCGAACGAUAUUUCUAAAGGCUCAAUCAAGUUAGAAAUACCUGUCGAACUCGGGGAUUUGAAUCAAGUGCUCGUCAAAGAUGCUGCUCAUAUUGGACAUCCAACGUCAAACGUGAUCACCUUAACGCUGUCACUAUUGCCUCCGCUGCUGGUGCAUAUUGUGCUUCCAGAAACAUAUCCUCUACAAGCACCUCCAAAAAUAUUAUCGAUUCGUGCCUCCCAUAGUUGGAUCCUUGAUACUUCACGACUUCGAGACCUCAUAGUCGAGAUGUGGGACAUGCGAGCAGGCGAAGGGGUUUUAUGCGAUAUGGUUGAGUUCAUACGAAGCGGCGCUUUUCUCAAUGAGCUUGGAAUGGUCGAAGAUCGUCAGUCACUCCUAAUACAACACAAUACCCCGCAGUUACUAGCACCUUUGUUGACCUCAUUCGAAACAUCAACAAGAUCUCGCGAAUUUAGUCAAAACUCGUAUUCCUGCUCUAUCUGUAUAACUUCGCUCAAAGGAUCUAAAUGCUUACAAUUAUCCUGCAAGCAUAUCUUUUGUCGCUGUUGUUUGCAAGACUUUUGGGGUUUGUGCAUUACCGAGGGAGAUGUAUUGAGAGUGGGGUGUCCUGAUCCCCAAUGUGUCAAAGAAGGUCGCCAAGCAAAUGAGGAAGAGGUCGCUCGAGCUGUGUCAGAAGAAGCGGUCGCUCGAUGGCGGUGGUUGAAAGAAAAAUCCAUGAUAGAAAAAGACCCGUCUAUCAGUAUCUGUCCCAUGGUCCUCUGUCAAAAGCCAGUCCCGAAGCCUGAUAUAACUGAUAGUGAGGAAUCGGGUUGGCACAGGUUACGGACCUGUGCAUCCUGUUCGUAUUCGUUCUGUUCGUUUUGUAAGCGGACAUGGCAUGGCCCCGUGGCUGCUUGCCCAAUAUCCGCCUACGAGACCCUUGUUUUAGAUUACCUCGCCUUGCCAGAGGAGUCUCCAGGAAGAAAGACCAUUGAAAAUCGCUUCGGUCGCUCAAUCGUCGCCAAAAUGGUUGUUGCAUAUCAGGAAGAACAGGCGUUCAAACAAUGGCUAGCAAACUCAUCGACACCCUGCCCAGGUUGUAACGUCCACAUUGAGAAGUCUCUUGGGUGCAAUCAUAUGGUGUGCUCCAAAUGCAAGCAGCAUUUUUGUUAUCGUUGUGGGUCGAGAUUAUCCGCCACUUCACCCUAUCAACAUUUUUCCAUCCCGGGUUCCAGAUGUUUUAACAAGUUGUUCGAUUAUAGUAGCGAGGAGGAGGAUGAAUGGCAACCUAUCGAAGGAUUCCAUGCACUCUAGAGCACGAUAUGUAUUUUGGUAUACUUAGAAACAAAAAUUAGAAACAACAAUGAAUCGCCA